UAUAUACAGUCAUUAGUGUGAACUCUGGACUGCUGUUGGCAGUCAGACAUGGUGGACAAGGUAUGGAGGAAGAGUUGGCAGUUCAUAGAGCACAGGAGGUCUCUGCGUGUGAAGCAGCAGUCUUCUCCAAAUGUUGAACGUAAGAGUGAUGUGGAGGGGGAUGCGCGGCCCAGUGAGAGCGACGGUGGAGCCAGCUACAGGGGCCCAGUGAUCAGCCCAGACCGCUUCGAGGGCCCCCUCUACGGCCACGGAGUGCAGCCCGGCCCCCAGCGGCCCCCCCGCAGGCCCAAGCUCCAGCACUCCCAGUCCAUCCUCCGCAAGCAGGCCGAGGAAGAGGCCAUCAAACGCUCCCGCUCACACUCAGAGGGCUAUGAGCUGUCGGCUGACCUCCAGGACAAACAGGUGGAGAUGCUGGAGCGUAAAUAUGGAGGACGCUUCAUAACCCGGCAUGCGGCCCGAACCAUCCAAACAGCCUUCCGUCAGUACCAGAUGAACAAAAACUUUGAACGUCUCAGGAGUUGUAUGUCUGAGAACCGCAUGUCCCGACGCAUCGUCUUGUCCAAUAUGAGGAUGCAGUUCUCCUUCGAGGGCCCUGAGAAAGUCCACAGCUCCUACUUUGAGGGGAAACAAGUGUCCCUGACAAACGACGGCACCCCCCUGGCCUUGGUACAGUCCGAGUGUGGGGACCUGGAGGUCCACCACCAGGCCAACAUGGCGUCUCACCCGGCCUCCCAGAACCACCUAACGGAUGCCAUCACAGAGCUGGAGGACGCCUUCUCCAGGCAGGUCAAGUCUCUGGCCGAGUCCAUCGACGACGCCUUGAACUGCCGCAGCCUGCAGGGCGACGAGGGUCAUGACCCAGAGGGCUGCCCCGAGGUGGAGAGGGAGGUGGCCUAUCAGGUGAAGCCUCACCGCGGGGCGACGGGACGCAAGCGAGAGGACAUGAUGGCAUCCUACAGCGAUGUGACUCUGUUUAUUGACGAGGAGGAACUGUCUCCCUCCAUGGGGCUGUCGCGGGGGUCUGGUGACCAGCCCUCCAGCAUUGAGUCAGACCUCCGCCUGCGCUCGGCCAACUCCUCCCAGGACUACUGGCCACUGGACCCCAAGGAUGAGGAGCGUGACACGGACACCAGCUGCCGCAGCACUCCCUCCCUGGAGUGUCAGGAACAGAGGCUCCACCUCCCCCUGCUGACCAUCGAGCCGCCCAGCGACAGCUCCGCCGAACACAGCGACCGCUCUGACCGCAGCUCCAUCAAACGUCCUCCUGUCUACGAGUCUCACGGGGGAGGGCACAUCGUGGCAUCCUCCCAGGCCAGCCCCAAACACAUCUCUCAUGGCCCGCCCCCACGAGGGCCCUCCCGGGACGACGAGGCUCCCCUUCAUCACCGCCACAGGGCGCUGGAGAGCCACCUGGCCAUCAACGGCUCGGCCAACCGGCAGAGCAAGUCUGAGUCUGACUUUUCGGAUGGGGACAACGACAGCAUCAACAGCACGUCUAACUCCAACGACACCAUCAACUGCAGCUCUGAGUCGUCGUCCCGGGACAGCCUGAGGGAACAGACACUCAGCAAGCAGACGUACCACAAAGAGACACGCAACAGCUGGGACUCACCGGUCUUCAGCAACGAUGUGAUCCGCAAGAGGCACUAUCGCAUCGGCCUGAACCUCUUCAACAAGAAGCCAGAAAAGGGUGUCCAGUACCUGACUGAGAGAGGGUUCGUCCCAGACACGCCUGUGGGUGUGGCUCACUUCCUGCUUCAGAGAAAGGGCCUGAGCAGGCAGAUGAUUGGAGAGUUCCUGGGCAACCGGCAGAAACAGUUCAACAGAGACGUCCUGGACUGUGUGGUAGAUGAGAUGGAUUUCUCGUCGAUGGAGCUGGACGAGGCACUGAGGAAGUUCCAGAAUCACAUCCGGGUCCAGGGAGAGGCCCAGAAGGUGGAGCGCCUCAUUGAAGCCUACAGUCAGCGCUACUGUAUCUGUAACCCCACGGUGGUGCGCCAGUUCCGGAACCCUGACACCAUCUUCAUCCUGGCUUUCGCCAUCAUCCUCCUCAACACGGAUAUGUACAGCCCCAACGUCAAGCCAGAGAGGAAGAUGAAGCUGGAGGACUUCGUUAAGAAUCUCAGAGGGGUGGACGAUGGGGAGGACAUCCCCAGGGAGACUCUGGUAGGAAUCUAUGAGAGGAUCAGGAAGAGGGAGCUGAAGACCAACGAGGACCAUGUGUCUCAAGUCCAGAAGGUGGAGAAACUCAUAGUGGGAAACAAAAAACCGAUUGGAUCUCUCCACCACGGUCUAGGAUGUGUCCUGUCCCUGCCCCAUCGCAGGCUGGUCUGCUACUGCCGGCUGUUUGAAGUGCCGGACCCCAACAAGCUCCAGAAGCUGGGCCUGCACCAGCGGGAGAUCUUCCUGUUUAAUGAUCUUCUGGUGGUGACAAAGAUUUUCCAGAAGAAGAAGAACUCUGUGACAUACAGCUUCAGGCAGUCUUUCUCUCUGUAUGGGAUGCAGGUUCUGAUGUUUGAGAACCAGCAUUACGGGAAUGGAAUCAAGCUUACAUCAGCCAUACCAGGUGCCGACAUCAAAGUCCUCAUCAACUUUAACGCGCCCAACCCCCAGGACCGCAAGAAGUUUACUGACGACCUGCGGGAGUCCAUCGCCGAGGUCCAGGAAAUGGAGAAAUACAGGAUAGAGUCUGAGCUGGAGAAGCAGAAAGGGGUGGUGAGGCCCAGUAUGUCCCAGAGCUCUGGGCUGAAGAAGGAGGCUGGCAACGGCAACAUGAACCGUGCCAGUCUGGACGACACCUACACCAUGGGCGAGGGCCUGAAGAGGAGCGCCCUCAGCAGCUCCCUCCGCGACCUCUCCGAAGCAGGCAAGCGUGGGCGCCGCAGCAGUGCAGGAUCACUAGACAGCAAUAUGGAAGGGUCCAUCAUUAGCAGCCCCCACACACGCCGGAGAGCCACAACCCCCCGAAGUGAGGGCCCGCCUCGGGGCCACCCCACCAUCCCCAACUCCUCCUCCCUCCUCGGGUCGCUCUUCGGCAGCAAGCGGGCAAAGCCUUCAUCCCAGAGCCAUCCUCCUCUUCCUCCGCCCGGUCACCCCACCCUCAUCUCCCACACGCCCCAUCCAUCCAACCUCCACCACACAGCCCAGCAGGUAGCCCAGGCCCAGCUCCACCACUCCCAGUACUGCCAGCAGAACCCCCCUCCCUACCACCACCAGCACCACUACCACCCCCCGCCCCACACACAGUACCACCAGCACCCGGCAGCAUACGCAUCCUCCUCCCACUCACACCAACACCCGCUUGUACCACAGCACAGUCACAGCACCCACGGCCAUCAUGCCUCACACUCCCAGCAUGCCCUUCACCACCACAGUCAGCAGCAGAGCCCGGCACCCGGCGGGUCCAAACCCAAGCACAGUGGCAUCAGCACCGUGGUGUGAUAUGAGUGAGUGAGUGAGUGAGUGAGUGAGUGAGUGAGUGAGUGAGUGAGUGAGUGAGUGAGUGAGUGAGUGAGAGAGAGAGAG